UUUCCGCCUGUCCUUUUUACGAGGCAAGAAAUGGACCCAACGAUGUCAACAGUUUUUGGUAACUGGGAACCGCUCGCAAAGGUAUUUUUAAUUGUAAUGUUUGGAAAAAAUUCGCUGGGCAUUGUUGGGUGGCCACGUGCCAAAUGUAAUGCUCGAAAGUGGGGCAUAACAUUGUGCACCCCUGGCCUUCUUGCCUGGGGUUGGGUUUUGAUAUUUAUUCUGUCCCCGGACACUUCAUUCACUAAAGAUGGAGUUGGUGCAAGGUCUGGACUACCGUAUGCAGCCAUGUUCACAGCCUACAAGCAACUAUGGGUCACGCUUUGGGAAGAACCCCAUAUUAUUUCAAUCUGUCAGAAAAUCGAUACACACAUCUGGCAGUCAUCGACCUUGAAUGUUGCAGCUUCAGAAGCCGAAGGCGAAGAUUUCACUUCUGAUCUAAUGCGCUUGGCCCUCGCU